AUAUCUACAUUCAUUCAACAAUUUAUUAGGUAUAGUUGAUAAUACGGCCAAUUUAUAAUAUGGAUUUGCAUAGAUAUGUGAUAACAAUUGUUAUCCGUAUCACAUUUGCAUUUGUAUGUACCUAUGCAUGUUAACAUGCGGAAAAGAGUGAAGUAGUUUAUUUUACAUGAUGGUGUCUUUGAUAUUUACGAAUUGCGACCAAAGUUAAAUGAUAAUAACAAUUUAUGCAACAAUUGUGACUGCAUGGUUAUUAUCUCUAAUUUAUUUUACGGUUACUUAAAAUACGAUGGGAAAAGAAAGGAUUUUUAAGACCAAUACAAAACAUAGAAAUACCUGUGAUUAUCUUCCUGCGAAAAAGUUUAGGAAAAGUUGUGUACAGGAUAUGCCCUGUCAAGUUUGUGGGGACAAAGCAAGAUCACACAAUUAUGGAGGCAUUUCAUGCAAUUGUUGUCGGUCCUUCUUCCAACAUUUCGUCCUCAAAAAUGUGAGAAAAUUGGACAGCUUGAGUUCCAUAGACGACUGUAAAUUUCAGGGAAACUGUACAAUUGACAUAACAACCAGGAGAAACUGCACAUCAUGUAGAAUUUUUAAGUGUGUGAAGAUUGGAAUGGUGCCCGCUUGGGUGGUCUCUGCUUAUCAAAAGACGCUAGAGCUUAAACAACAACAAAUGGUCCGUGUAAAGUUAAUUGCUUCGCCCAAACUGAACGCACAAGAUUCCGAACAAAUUGAAAACAUCUUAAAAUAUUAUAAUACAGCGUGUGAACAAAUUCCGUAUAAUUUUCCAUCCAGAGAAAAAAAUGAAGUCUUAACGACUACGAAAUUACAUAUUUUGACGAUUGGCGUCAUGUCGAUUGCGAUUCGAAGGUUCGUCUGUUUUGCGAGAAUGAUUCCAGAAUUUAAUAGACUUUCAUUACACGACCAAACCAAUUUGUUACGGCGGUCAGUCAUAGAAAUGACCAUUCUACGAGACGUGGUUGUAUUUGAUGCCGAAAAACGAACCUGGAGUUCUGAAGGGCACGUAGCAGAAAAAUAUCCGGAAGUUCAUGCAGAUGAGUGCACUGCUAUCUGGCCGGCAGAUCUAGUCGAAUUGGGGAUUCAAUUUUACAAAAGAAUUAAAAUCAACGCUCCAGACGAAUCGAGUGUCAUGCUGCUGAUUGUCGUUGUCUUGUUCUCGGAUUACGGGGGAGGCGAGGCCUGCUCAGAAUUUGAGGAUAGUCCCGCAAUAAAUGCAGCUCAAGAACAUUAUGCAGCGUUACUUCAAAAAUAUUUAAACUUCGUACAUGGAGAGAAAAAGGGACGCUUGGUAUUUCCCAGGCUCCUUUGCCAACUAAUGGAAGUCACUGAAGCCGCACAUUUGCAUCAAGGUCCACCCAUGGACUUGACCGAGCAUCAAGUCAAUAAAAUGCACCUCCACUUGUUGGAACUUCAGAAAAUAGCAAAUCCCUCACUUGAUGUGAAUACUGCGUCAGUUCUGUAUCCAUCGACGCUCCGAGAAGAUGCUGGGGCGGAGAAGGAAUGUUGUAAGAAACGGUUAAGGGGUGCCAAACCUUCGGUAAUGGCAAACAACCCGUCAACCGAAAUACAACAAGGUCAAGAUUUCCCAUCAUUAAUUCAUAACUUUGUCCGUAAUCCUGGCGAAUAUGGGAUUAAGCCGUAUUACUUUGAAAAAGGUCCCCAUACAGGCAUAGAAAAAGCCUUCAUGCGACGGAUGCCAACAUUAGUGACUAAUCCAUUAGAUUCCUUGGUCGCGGAUGUGUCGAAGUUGUCGAUUUCCUGUAAUGAUGUAAAAACAGUUGAGUUUGUGAGAACAUAAAUCUGGAAUUUGGGGAGCAAAGUUUUAAGUCGUAUGAAAAGUUCAAAGUUGGUCAGUAGGAACAAUAUAAAGUGUUAUUGUCAACGACUUUAUUUACAUGAUUCUUGAAUAUAUAUAUUUUUAUAAUUACUUUCCAGAGAAUAAUCAUAUUUAUUUUUCCUUUGGCCACUCUAAAUUAGAGACUUUUGCAUACAUGUAAAUCAUGAAAAUUAUAUUGGUGAUAAUAACAGUAAAUUUGAAAUUAUAUAUUGGUAGUUCAUCCCAUGUAUGCAUCUACAUGCAUGCAUGCAUGCAUACUUAUGUUAGUAUACAUAAUAAAUAAUGCAUCAAUGUCAUUGUGCGCCAAUCUGCUACUUUAUCCA